CAGACCUUCCCAGAGUUAUUCAAACCGAAUAGCUGAAUCCCUCAUCGUCAUUCUUUUCUUGGCAUUCCUCUUCAAGCGUGCUUCCCCUUCUUCGUUCUUCUGCUCACUGUUUCUGCAUCUGUUUUCUUCUCACAUAUCUGAAAGUCUCUGAAACAUGUCUGGGGAAGAGGAAGAAAACGCCGCAGAGCUCAAAAUUGGAGAUGAGUUUUUGAAGGCAAAGUGCUUAAUGAACUGUGAAGUUUCCUUGAUUCUUGAGCACAAGUACGAGCAGCUUCAACAGACAUCUGAUGAUCCCAUGAAUCAAGUUUCUCAGGUAUUUGAAAAGUCAUUGCAGUAUGUGAAGCGAUUCAGCCGCUAUAAAAAUCCAGAUGCUGUUAGACAAGUUCGAGAAAUACUUGCAAGAUAUCAAUUGGCUGAGUUUGAGUUGUGUGUCCUUGGCAACCUUUGCCCGGAAACUGUGGAGGAAGCUAUUGCUAUGGUUCCAUCUAUCAAGACAAGAGGACGGGCUCAGGAUGAUGAAGCAAUUGAGAAAAUGUUGAAUGACUUGUCAUUGAUUAAGAAAUUUGAAUAGAAAUUUCUUAAAGUGGGAGUAUGAUACAACGUAACUUAUACCAUAUCACGUCGCCUGAUGCAAGCAAAACAUUCUCGUGGUUUGUAUUACAGAAACCCUGGAUAAUCUAGUUUUCUGUGACUAUCUAAGAAGGAUUUUGACACAUGCACUGGUGUAUGAAAGUGGCUUGUGUGGUUAGUGUGUUGCUAUAGCCUUCUUUUUAUUGAGACUUGAUGUAAGUCUUGGUUCCUACGAAUGUACAUGUCCUAGAGUUAAUAGUCGUCGUUACUGAACAAAUUUUGGCAUUUGUUAAGAGUGCUCAAACCCAAAAGUCUUUGCAAUGCC